GCACAUGCAAGCACGUGCGAGAGAGUUCUUAAAAGUUGAGACUUCCAGUCAAUAUAUCAGUCAACAUGCUGGCCCUAUUACGUCAACCAUUAAUAAAAUCUGUUAGAAUUGCACAGUUUGGUGUUAAAAAUUUUGCACAACCGAUCCCAAGAGUACUCCACAGAUCAUAUGGAAGCAAUAAGUGGAUUGACUGUGUGGAUCCAGAAUUUUUAACACGCGUCUUUCUUUUUGGAUCAUUUAUGAUAGUUGUCUGUAGGGCAACUGCCGCCCAAUUAAAGGAGGAAUCGGAAAUGGAACCGCUACCCGACGAUUCGAAAAAAAGAAUAUCCACCCCGAUAGCCAAAAGUGCAAACGCCAGUGAAUGUACAUGUACAUGUACAUGUAGCCAUUGUGCACACAACGUAUAG